AUGGCCUUGGAAGUUAGCAAAGCCGUGCUGUGGGCACAGCACCACGCCAGCCAUAUGAUCCUCCUUGCAGUGUUUUUCCUCAUGUCCAUCAUACGAAAUCUCGAAUACACCUACCACAAGGCAUACCUUCGUCUUCUCCUGAUCACCUACUACCCGAACAAGCUGCCCCUGGUGAUCCGCAACGACGUGACCCAGUUGGCCAAAAUCCCCAAGAGGCUUAGUUGUAUCAUCAGCAUGCGUAGCGAGGACGACGAGAACGGCGGUAUCGAAGGUGCCGUAUCCGAUAUCUCUGAACUCGCCGCGUGGUGCUUGAGCGCUGGUAUCCCUAGCUUGACCAUCUACGAGGAGACAGGUGCCGUCAAGCCUAAUUUGGGCGAGUUGGAGAGGUACAUCCAGAAGAACCUCCGUGCUUACUUUGGCGUGCCUACGCCUGCUUUCACCUUGAGAGUGCCUCAUUCAAAUACAACCGUGACCCUGGGAGACACGUCGGAGAGCCAACCUGCGUUGGACAUCGCGUUGCUCUCGCGUGUGGACGGCAAGCCCACGAUCGUGGAGCUCACCAAAACCAUGAGCGAACUCACAGCCAACCACGAGUUGUCGGUUAAAGAUAUCACCGUGCAGUUGAUCGACGAGGAACUCAACGAGCUUGUGGGCCCGGAGCCAGACUUGCUCAUUUGUUUCGACCCUGUCUUGGAUUUGCAUGAUUACCCCCCAUGGCACUUGCGUUUGAGCGAGUUGUACUGGGAUGCGGACAACGACAGCGUCAACUACCCUGUCUUUAUCCGUGCGUUGCGCCAAUUCGCAAACUGCAAGAUGAAUGUGGGUAAGUAG